AUGCAGCUACUGUUACUUUUGCGGCCUCCGUGCUGUGAAGCUGUGAGGCACCAAUGCAGGCUGGAGAUGGUUUUCGUUGUCACACCCUGGCUUGCUGGCAGUGCGUUCAUCAUCUCUCGACUUGAUGGCACCGCGCCGGGUCGGUUUGACUACUUGGCGGUCCUUCACCUUGCCGGCGCCGUGGCCUUGAUGACCAUCGGUAUGAUCCUGAGUAAGACGAACUGCUUGCCGUCCGCGGCCCAUUAUUUGGAGGACCCACGCUGCAGCAACGCACUCUGUGGACUGUUCAGCUGGCUGCCAAUGGGUGCAAUCUGUCCAACAUUGCUGACCGGCAGCGCGCAGGACGUUGCCUUCACAUUUGCGGACGUUUUUGGCGCCAUCACACUGUCUGUGCCCUUGGUGGAGGAACCACUCUCAGUGAUCGCCUGUUAUGCCGCCUACGCGAGCAUUGCGUGCGCGAGAAUUCUACAUCUAAGCUCUUCCGACGUGGGCAACUGCAUCAGUCUCACACCCUUCCAGUGCCGACUAAUCGCUGUCUUGGUUGCAACUGUUCUGUUUUGUCAGAUGAGGAUUCGGUAUUUGAUCAUGACGUGGACACAGCUCACCGCGGACCGCCUUGAAGAAUGCACCGGGACUGAAUCUGAGGCAGAAUCUCAGAAGAUGGAGAAAUCUCAGCAGUCUCAGCUUGUAUAUGCACAAGACUACAGAGUUCAUGGCAACGCUGCCGAGAUCGAACGCAAUGUCUGGAGGCGUAGACAGCUCUACAAAGCUGAGCUGACAGGCCGGCUUCUGUGGGCUAUCCAUUUGCACAGGCAAAUGCUGCUGAGCUCUGAUGUGUUGGCCAAUAUUCUUGCCUUCCUUUACGAGGGUGUGAGACCAGUGACCAACUAUGUCGGCCUAUUGUCCCAGGAUGGCCGGUCGAUGGUUUCCAGCACCCAGCACACAAUCGCCAGCUCAGGAGUCUUCUCGUCACUCUCGUCGCUCUCGUCCGUGGCAGUCCUGCGCAAGGCAUUGUCUGCACAGUUGUGGGUCGCUUUUGGGCGGCCUCCUUCGAAGGAGGUCGCUGCCGAAGCUGAGCAAGCAGCCAGUGGAGACUGCAACGUUUUUGUGCAGUUUGCGAAGUCCUUUUUUGCACAAUUGGGUCUGGGCCGUCUCUUCUUGUCACAGCCUGUGCCUGAGUGA